CAAAGAUUGAUGGAUUGGUUCCGCACUCUAUAUACACACGCACUGAUCCAUCUCACACACACAUAAAAGCGUGGAAGAAACCACGUUCGUCUCAUCUACAUGCGAAUCAAUCACGAGUCAGCCGUCAGCCCCACUUCUCCCCCUGGCCAGGCUGGCAAAUGCGAUGGAUAUUCGGUCCCACACGGAGGGCUCAGACGGCCCCCGGCCAGCCACACCCACACCGACCCCAUUGGACAGCGACGUCACCCGCACUGAGUCGAACGACACCUGACGCAAUCACACCAACCACAAUGUCCAUCCAUCUCCGUCUGUCUGAAUGCGUGUGUAUGUGUGUGUGUGUGUGACCUUGCAGACUUCCUUGAGCGGCGAAGGCUUCAGUGCCGACGAGUUGAGGGGAGUUCCUGCUGAAAAGGGUGAGGAGGAAGGAGUGGGGGACGGCACAGGCGCGCUGGCCGACUGUGCCGAUGCCGACGAGCCAUUUAUUGCCGUUGCUGGUGUGCCUCUCCUCGCCUCCAUCAGCGUCUUGAACUUGUCCAGAGGCCGCAACUGCAUUGCAUCCACGGACGGACAACCCAAUUCCACCGAUGUCUGUGGAGACGGUCGUCUUCUCAGCCUGGCCUUCCCUCACCUGGCAUGAGCUGGGGCAAGUGAGGUUGUGAUCGACGAUCCGCCGAUUGAGCUCGUCAACGGUGCGUUUGAACUGUUCCAGCUGCGACCUCCACCACCUCUCGGACAUGUCCUCACGGCGACGCUCCGCAACACGAAGGGCCUCUCUGAAUCAAUGAACCGAACCGACGGAAGAAAAAGGACGAUGGAUAUGGUGCCGUGCCGCGUGUGUGGUCAUUGGUCAUUGUGGCUGUGCCCCUCUGUGUCUUGUGUGUCCUACUUGGCGUUUUCGAGGUCCGUUUGGAUGGACUUUUGGUUCUCGACCCAGUCGGGGGAGAAGCCAUGAUUUUGCAUCAUGUUGAAGGCCCACCUGACACACAAAGAGAGCACAAGGAAGAUGCAUAACAGACCCACAACCCACACACACACGCAGAUGGCCGCCGUGUGUCCAACCACCCCACCCGGGCCCACCUGUCCUCAGCGUUGACGAAAGGGUUGUCGUAGCUGGUGAGUCUCUUCAGUGGUUUGCCCUUGUUGGAGAGCUUGUCAAACUCCCCCUCGGCCAUGGCCAUCUGGAUCCUCGCCUCCACGAACGAGUUGAACUUGUCGAACUCCAGCUUGUCGGCAUGCGGGUCAAUCUGACACACAUGAACGAACCACACAUGCGACCCAUUCGGCUGGGCUGUGCUGCGCUGUGUGCUGCAUGCCCGCCUGUGGUCACCUCGUUUCGCCUCUUCCUUUCAUAGUCGAGUGCGUGGCCCUGUGCCCUCGCGAGGCGGAUCUUCUGCGCAUUGCGCUCACGCUCAUACGGGGUGCUGCCUGCAGCACCCACGAAGCAAUCAGACAACACGCCGCACAACUGAUGAAGGACAACUGACUGACCUGGUGCCUCAUUGUGAGUGAGCCAGCGCCUCUUGUCGAUUCUGUUGCGGUCGUCGAGUUCUCUUUCCUUCUCGUCGACGAGUGGCUUUGUCUUGCGGCUGUCGUAGUGGUACUGCACUCGCUUCUUCAGUCGCACCUGGUGCUGCAGGUCCAAUGCAAUGCUGCAGACAUACAUAACACAGACAGAAAUGAAUGAGUGGAUCUAUGCGUGCGUUCGUUUCUUUACCAACCUUGACACAUGCAUGUCUGCCAGCCGCUCGGCCUCUUCCUUGUCUGCAUCUCCCGUUGCUGCCUUGGCGUCGUCUUGUGCGGCAGGAGCAGUGGGAGCCGACGAGUGAAAGGCGCCAAAUGACGACAAACACGCCUCCUUUCUGCAGAUCCGUGCCGCAUCUCUCACGGCUCUCCCAACACUCGCGGACGCCCUCAUUUCGUUUGCCUUCG